GUGUCUAUUCCUUCGGCCUGUUCACCACCACCAUCUUCGCAAACGCCGGGCAGGUCGUCACGGGCAACCAGACCCCCCACUUCCUCUCCGUGUGCCGCCCCAACUACACGGCGCUGGGGUGCCAGCUGCCCGGCCCCCAGUACAUCACCGACCGGGGGGCCUGCGCCGGCAACCCCGCCCUGGUCACCGCAGCCCGCAAAGCCUUCCCCUCCAAGGACGCCGCGCUCAGCGCCUACGCCGUGGUCUACACCGCCAUGUACGUGACGCUGGUGCUGGAGGUGCGGGGGUCCCGGCUGGCCAAGCCCACGCUCUGCCUGGCACUGGCCGGCCCGGCUGCCCUGGUGGGGGUGGUGCGGGUGGCCGAGCACCGGAACCACUGGGCCGACGUGCUGGCUGGCUUCCUGACUGGGGCC